CGCAACUCUAAGAUGUCCCAACCCGUGUUUGGUCCAUGCCCCCCUCGUUUUGCGGAGAUCAAGCGUCAGAUAGCUGUGUCGUACCCGGACUUCGAGACCCGCGUUACCAAAGCGUGGGUCGACCUCCUCAGCGAGCUCGACAAGGUGACGGAGGAGAUUGCGAGCCAGGGAUCAGACAGCAUACCACAUGUGCAGUUCUCUGCUCUUGAGAACCUCCCUCAGGAGAAAUUGGACGUAAUUCGGCGCAGGGGAUGCGUUGUCAUUAAGGACGUUGUGGACGAUGUCGAGGCUACAUCUUGGAAAGAUGAUCUUCGCGAGUAUGUCAAGGCGAAUCCUGUGCAAGGUUUCCCUGAGGAAGAUAAGCAGUUCUUCCAGCUCUACUGGACCAAGUCCCAAGUCCGUGCCCGCGCCGAUCCGAACGUACUAGCUGCAACCGCGUGGCUCAACAAAUUUUACCAUGUCAAGUCUCAGCAGGAACUCCCCGAUGUCGACCUGUUUACGCCGCUCAGUUAUGCCGACCGCUUCCGCAUGCGGCACCCCGGGAACAAGUGGUACAAUCACCCGCCGCAUAUCGAUGGUGGUGGCAUUGAGAGGUGGGAAGACGACGCGUUCCGGAGCUGCUUCGCGGACAUCCUAAACGGAAACUGGAGACAACACGACCCGUACGACCUCGAAGGACGUAUCAACGCUCGCAACUCGUUAUAUGGCAGACCAAACCAAUCUUCAAUCUUCAGAACAUAUCAAGGCUGGCUCGCCCUCAGCGAGAUCACACCACCGAAUCAGGGAACUCUUCAAGUUUUCCCUGACGUCUUACUCUCGAACACCUACAUCAUUCUCCGGCCCUUUUUCAAGCCUGUCUCUGAGGAUAUCUCCGAGGCCGAUCUCUUCAAGGCCGAGAACUGGAAAUUCGACAUCACGUCUGAAGACUUCCCGGGCAUCUACUCGCUCGACAAAGGCUACAGCGGACCGCGUCCGAAAACGGAGACGCAUCCGCACCUGCGGCUCGACAAGACGAUGGUGAGCGUGCCGAAGGUUAAACCGGGCGACAUGGUGUUCUGGCACUGCGACGUGAUUCACGCUGUCGAGAUUGAGCAUACCGGCAUAGAGGAUUCCUGCGUGAUGUACAUCCCUGCGAUGCCCAACACGCCCGUGAAUGCCGAGUACGUCCAGCGCCAGCGCGAGAGUUUCCUCGCGGGCGUGCCGCCGCCGGACUUCCCCAAGUGGGAGGGCGAGGCGGGCUUUGCUGGCAUUGGCACCCCGGACGAUAUCGUUGACCCUAUCGGGAAGCAGGCGAUGGGAUUCGCGGUCUCCGCCGCUGCGUGAACGACUGGUUUGCUGUAAAAUAUCUCGAUAUGGAGAAAAAAUCGAAAGAUGGAGCAAACGUUGGUAUAAUACGUCCUGCUGUACAAUGAUAUCCCUGGAAUUGGAAAGUCACAGUGUAAAAACGAUGGAACAUACAGCUUCGAAUACGGCGCCACAAAGCCCCAACCAAACAUGGUCAAACAUUCUGCGAAUGCGACGUAAAUUCACGCCGAGAUACAGAAGAUAUGAGCACUCUAAAGAUCGAAAGCAAGGUGCAAUGAGAGCAUGCUGAGACGAGACUGAAAUAAAAACGAAAUCGGACCAGGACACCAAGGUCCAAGAUGGGGAUAGAUCAUGAGUUGGCGACCGCCUCCCCCUCUCCCUUGCACUUUUUGUGCUUCUUGUCCCUUUUCUCCUUCUUACUAUCUCUAUUGCUUUCUUUCGCCUCCGUUUUCGCUUCGGACGCUACCGGCGCGUCGACGUCCAUCGUGUCCUCAGAGACCUUCUCCUUAGACUUUUUCGACUUUUUCGACUUCUUCUCACCCGCCACUGAUUCUGUCGCAGGUUCGGCUACCUCUGCGGUCUGUUCCUUCUUUGCCUUCUUUUUCUUAUCUCCCCUUGCCCUCCUUGAUCUGUGCUUCCUUGCUCUGCUUACCCUCGCUGUUCGCCUCUACGCUCGCCUUCUGCUCCGACGUUACUUCUACAACUGACUCCCGUCGCGCCUCCUUUUUCUCCUUCUUGCUCUUCUUAUCUCCCUUUUCCGAGGUUUCAGGCGCCGAAGAUGAGUCGGCGGUAGGCUCAGGAGACGUCUUCGACCUCUUCGCGGGCUCGUCAGCAGCAUCUUCGGCUUUGCGCUUUUUGUCUUUUUUAUCCUUCUUCUCUUUCUUCUUCUCCUUCUCCCCCGCCUUCUUCACAUCGCCAUUCUGCUUGCUCUCCGCCUUGCUCGACUGGGCCUCAGAUUUCUCAGCGGAGGGCCUCUUCGCAGACUCGGCCUUCUCCGCGUCUUCUUCAAGCGCAACUGGAGUCGUGACGGGCGACAUCCGCACGGGAGUGCCCAGGGGAGAGGCGUUAGCACCUGUGCCCUCGUAUCGCGGCGCGUGGGGUCUGCCGCUUCCCCAGUCGUUCGUGCGACUCCAGGGCUGGUACUUACCCGAUGAUCCUGCUCCGCCAUGGCUGCCAUUUUGCUGGACGUUCUGCCGGCGGUUGUUGCUGUUGUUGUUAUUGUUGGAUCGGUUGUCCUGCCGGCCGUCUUUCGGGCCCUUGUAAAGACCCUUUUGAUAUUUCUCGGCCUCGCUAAUGCACUGCGUGUGGCCCUUGUACUCGGCGGGCCCGUUGAAGGUCGUGCUGCAGUCGAUGCAUGUAAAUGCAGAUUGGCACUGAUACCGGUGGUUGUCAAGCUUAGGCUUCUUCACCACAUCUCCACAUCCUUCGCAUUGGAACGAGACCAUUUUGAACG